CGCCGCGCGACCAGCCGGGACUCCUAAGUCCGGCUCGGACCGGAGUCCUGCUGCGUGCUGCCUCCGACCUCUGUCCCGAACCGCCCGGUCUUGCCGCGGCCUGGGCUAUAAAAAGAGGCCCCGGCGCCCUUGAGCUCUCAAACCUAAGCCUCAAGUUGCCGCCUUCGAUCUCCUCGUGAGCCGCGCGCCGACGCCGAGAAGCCGCAGCCCUAGCUUCGCGCUGCUCCGCCGAUCCCGUUGCACCCCUCCGCGUACCGCAGAAUCGGUCGAUGUGAGUCCUUGCCGCCGUCGGUCGCCGCCGCCGGCCACCGUUCUUCGCUCGUGUUCGCCCGCGGUAAGUCGCCUAGGCGAGUUCUCCGUGUAGCCCCGUCCCUUUUCCGCCGCUCUUCGGUGAUCCCCGGCCAUUGGAGGCCGUCACCGGCGUAUCCCCGGCGAGUGCGCCGCCGCCGCGCCGCUGUAGAGCGCUGCCGGCCGGUGUUUUACCCGAAGCCGUUUCAACCGCUGGAUCCAAAGCCAAGGGUCUAGAUUAGAUCCAGAUUAGUUUUCUUUUAAAUCUAUUUUGGUUUUAUAAUUUUUUAUGUUUAUGACAUCAUUGCUGAUGCAGUAAAUCUGUAGGAUUUAGUUUGCAUCUGAAAAUCCAGUGGAUAAUGUCGCUUUUGCAGGUUGAUCCAUGAUCUUUUAGAAAAUAAACCCUCAGUCCUAGUGUCAAAACACGAUUUGCCAGUCCCACACGGGAUGCCCCGUGGAAGGUUUUUGUUCGGUGGUGGUCGCUUGCCUGAGGCUCUCGAUAGUGACACAGGGGACACAGAUUUAUACUGGUUCGGACCCUCAAGACGAUGAGGUAAUACCCUAUGUCCAGCUUUGUUGUAUUGCUUAUUGUUUGAUGUGUUGCGUGAUACAAAAUCGGGGGCACUGGCCCUGCUUAUAUAGCAUGGGGAGGGUGAGACCGCCCUAGAGUUCGACUCGGAUACAAGAGUUGUACUAUGACUGUUUACAAUGGAGACCAAGUCGUUGGCCAACUAUAACUCCCUAUUUUCUAUAUUUUGGCUAAGUCUUGUCUUCCGAAGCCUUCCUUGUCUUAGACUCUUUCUGGAUUCUCCUAGUUGGGCCUUCCCAGUGUGGUCCAUACGAUGGUCCCCCGACUUUGGCAUGGUUGAACAACUCUUUAAGGCAGACUUGAUCUUGUCUCCUUCUUCAUAUCCCUGUCUUCGAGUUGAGAAGCCAUGGUAAACUCUUCCCCCGAGUCGAUCAUAAGAGUUGAAUCAUCCUCGAAACUGGUCGAGGAUAGCUCCAUCAGAGUUUGACUCUAUCCAAUUUCGUGAAAAAAUUCCAUGGUGUGCGCGCAAGCGCACCCAUGGGUCCUAGCCCCUGACUAUCAAGUUAAUUGACUCGACAAUUAAAAUGAUAGUUAAAAACCCCAUCUAUAUUAUUUAAAAUAUUCCCAAAUAAUUUCCUCGAAACUGGUCAAAGAACUCAAGUUCGACUCGAGUCAAUUUCGUGCAAAGAAUUCUAUAGUGUGCGCGCAAGCGCACCCAUGGGUACUAGCACCCGACUAUCAAAUUAAUUGACUUGACAAUUAAAAUGAUAGUUAAAAAAACCUUUCUCCUUGUUCACACCUCCAGUCAACCGGUGACCAGAGUUAAAGACCUGGAACACCUCCCCAGGUAACUCUCCACCUACCUGCUCCGAGUUAAUUGCUCCUCGGAAGUUCAAGCACCGCACCGCCUAGAACUGUGACCGUUGCUCCUCCAUCUAUAAAUAAACCCGCAGCGGUUCCCGGAUCCGAUCGCGCUACAGUUGCAAACAUCCCGACCUUUCUUCUUCCUCGUCUCCUUCGCUUCUCCAAAGGACUUCGCACUCCGCCCAUUCGAUGGCCGGCCACAAGCGCUCCGGGGAGGCGUCUUCCUCCGGCGAGCCCCUCCGGCGAAUGCUCCGCCGCCAAGGGUACUCUUUUCUUGAUUCUUUCCCUUCACAUUGUUUCUAUCUAGGGCUUUUUAACCAAAUUGCGGUUUCUUGAUUUUGCUAGGGCAUUCUCAUCCGCCGGCCCUCUGCCCGGGGCACACGGUGCUCCGGCCGUACCUGCUCCUCCUGCGCCUCCUCCUCCUCUAGCCCCCGUGCCUGUUCUCGCUACUCCUGCCGCCCCUGCUGCCGCCGGGGCUUUGGAGGCGGCAUUGCAGCGAGUCACCGCAGAGCGCAACGCUCUCCGCGCCACCUUGAUGGCUGCAGAGGAGGAGGCAGAGCGCGCCCGGGCACUCUCUCGGAGGCCGAUGGCCGCGUCGCCGAUAAGUAAUUUUUCCCCUUUUUCGGAAAAAACCCCAAUACUACUGUUCCUCAACUCUUCUCUCCUCUGAUUUCAGACCUGAUUGCCAAGAAUCCGGAGCUGCGCGAUCACGCGGAGGACGCUGCUUCCUCUGUCAAUGCCCUGGGCCCCUUCCUUGUCGACCGCCUCGCCGCCAUCCCCGACCGAGCUCGGGAGACUGUGGCCCAUGGGGCCAGGGAAGGAGCACGUGCCACUCUUGCAGUGGUACGCCACGCCUACCCUCAGAUUCCCGUUGAGCACCUCCCAGCGGCCAUGCUAUGUGGGGCUUGGCAGGAUUAUCAGGGCGGGCUAGAGGAAGCCGCCUCUGCCAUCGCCGCCGGUGCGAACGUCGAGGCAGCCUUCGAUAGGCUGUUCGACGACAACUCGGAGGAUGACGAGUAAGGUCAUUCCUCGAGUCGCGUGUGAUGAAGUAGUUUUCUUUUGUUUUGUAAAUAUUUGGAAUGCAACUCUGCGCCACGUGUGCUUUUGGACAUCUGCCUGAUCUGUGGUCAUCGAACCACAUUAUCCAGUUUCUGUGAUGAACUGGUCAUCUGUGUGUCUUGCGUGAACUUUUCUUCCAACAUCGAGUUAAUUACGCCAGCGAUUUGUGAAUUUACUAAUGACUUGCAUUAGUAUUUGAUUAUACUCAUUAGGCUGGCCGAUAUAGAAUCAAAAAACCCCCGAGUCAUUUCGCAUCUUAUCUUAUAGAAAGAGUCAGCAAAAGGCCUCAUGAGGCACGCGAAGUCGGUGUAUAAUGACAAGCACUAUAACCCGCUGGUAUUUCACCAAACUUUUUCUUACUCGCACGAUAUAGGCUAGUAUCGAACUGAAGCCCCCGAGUUAUUCGCACCUUAUCUUACUGGAAGAGUCAGCUAAGGCCUCCUUGGGCGUGCGAGUCAGAAUAUAGCGACUAGCACUAAUUCCCGCUGAUACUGUUGAUCAGACUCCAUUAUACUCGCAAUGCAGGCUGAUAUGGAAUCAGAGCCCCCGAGUUGGCUCGCAUCCUAUCUUAUAGAAAGAGUCGGCAAGGCCUCGGGCGGCAUGCGAAUCAGAACCCAGCGAACUGAGUUCCUGCUGACGACUUGCGUCAGACUUCGUUUAUACUCGCAAUGCAGGCUGAUAUAGAAUCAGAGCCCCCGAGUUGGCUCACACCCUAUCUUAUAGAAAGAGUCGGCUCAGACCACUAUCGAUGUGUGAGUCAGCACUCAAUUGCUCGAGUUCCCGCUGACGACUUGCGCCAGACUUGUCUUAUACUCAUAGCAAGUUAGUCUUGAACUAGAGCUCCCGAGUCAAUUUACUGGAAUAAUAUUCUGGGCAUGUUAUCCCAUUUAAUUAAAUAAGUUUUGAUAACUUACCUUAUCUUCAUACCAUUUGAAAUCUAGAUCCCAGAUAAUUUGGAUCUUCGCUGCCCCUGUGUAUCAUCCCAUAACGGGCUCACGCAUAUGUCGGGCAUUCUUGUUUUUCACAAGCCGUUGAAAAGGAAAGAGCUACCUGACCCCUUUGACCCUUGACAACAACCUGUGACCUAGCGCUCCAAUCUUCCCCAGUCCACAGUGCUCUCUCCGCCGCCAGCGCUCACCUUCGCCGCUGCACUCCUCAAUCCGAGAAGCUUCUGUGAGCUCACCACCUUCCACCGUGAUCUCCAUGAUGUCGUCAUCAGGCCGCCGUUUGUCCUCUCGCCACUCCGACAAGGCGCUGACUUCUUCCUCCACCGGGGAGAAGAAGGCUCUUUCCGGCAAUAGCGAGAGCGACGUUGUCACCACCAAGGUCAGUGCCGCUGCCGCCCGGCGCACCGAAAAGGAGAAGAAUAAGCAGAUUGUCCCUCCUCAAUCAAAGGGAAAGGAGGGAGCCACCGAUGAUUCCGGUGACACUGAGGAGAUUGAUCCUCAGACGGUCAAGUCCAUUCCUGAUGUAGAAGAAGAAUGGAGUUCUUCCGUCACCGACGAGCGUCGUCUGGUGAAGCUAACUGCUAAUGGGAUUCUCCCGGAGAAAGCCCUAAUUGGUUGGAGAUCCAAUGUCGGUAUGAAUUUCCCUACUCCCGCAACCAACGAAGUUGUCCUUUUCGAGAUGUUUUUCCAGGCUGGUCUUGGCCUCCCCAUCUGCGAUUUCCUUCAAGGAAUCCUGUACUUCUACCUGAUUGAGCUAUACAAUCUGAACCCCAACUCCAUUCUACAAAUCGCCAUUUUUGUCCAUCUCUGUGAGGCUUUUCUUGGCAUCGAGCCUCAUUACGACCUUUUCCGCCAUGUUUUCCAUCUCAAAACCCAGAAGAGGAAGAACAAACUUCGUCUGGUGGGUGGAUGUGGGUUCCAGGCUAGGAUAGGAGCUAAGAGCUGCUAUCUCACUACCCUGCUGAAAUCUUCGCAAGGGAGUUGGUCCACUGAGUGGUUUUAUCUGGCCGACCCGGAGAGUUCUUUAGCUCCUUUCUCUCACCCCGGGAAGUGGCCGAUCUACAACCCUUCCUGGGAGAAUGCUGAGUUGCUCAGCCUCCAAAAUCUAAUUGCCGACCUGAGGCAGGCUGGUCCAGACGCUAUUGAAGUUGCUCGAGACUUCCUCGCCCGUCGUGUACAACCUCUGAAGUUGAGGACUGGGAGUGCCUGGGAAUACUCUGGACCAUCUGAUGGAAACUGGGAAAAGAAUGAAGAGCCGAGCGAGAAAGAAGUGAACGCUCGCCUUCAUAAACUAUUUUCCGGAAACCAAUUCCCGGGAAGAGAAAGAUUUGUAUGUUGCCUUUCACUUCCUACUGAGGAGGAAAUGGUUGGUCAAUCUCUGGUCACCCCCUUCUGGAGGGGAAAUAGUUGGCUCAAGCACUAAUGUUAGAAUUCCACUCGACCCGCUUCAGCGAGCAGGCAAACGUCCCUUGACUCCAGAAGUCCAGGCCGAGACUAAACGCCUCAAACAUCAAGCCGAGUCGAGGAAAGAUUUCAAUGUGUCCAGCGGCACAUUCCCUGUGUCAUCCCAAAUACCAGAGCACCUUCAGCCGAAUCCAGUUUCUCCUCUUGAGGAUCCUCCUGCUCAGCCGAAGAAUAUCCCUGCUCUGGCUACCCCAAGAGUGACCGGCACCUUGAGAGCAAAGCCCUCUUUGAAGAAGAAGAGCAACUUGGGCACUUCUAGUCCAGCAUCUCCCAAGGCUGCUGUCGACGACUCUUCUGCCAAUCUCUAGCCUCAACCUACUGGUGAUGCAGGGGUUGCCCAGCUUACUCGAGCCCCCGAGUUACUUCUAUUAGAAGGUGUCAGCGGUUCCACGCCCCCUCCUCCACCUUUCGCCUCCCAACCAAUUGAUGGGGGAGAUGAUAUCAGUGGAGAUGAGGACGAUAUGAAAAUCAGUUAUAUGGGCGAUGAUGGAUCCCCCAUCUUCUUCUCCUUGGCUGCUGAAGACAUCGACCUUAAUUCAAUGCGGGAUGUGUACCAACACCUGGGCCGACUCAUUGAGAGUACAGCCACUAGGGCCCAUACAAAGACACAGCUGAUAAAGAAAAUGGCUCCUUCUUCGGAAGAAGGAGGAACUCUCAAGGCUGAGCUGAUCGAAGUUCGCCAUGAAGCUGAUGCUCAGUGCAAGGCUGCUGAAGAAGCUCAAGCUCAUGCCCAAGAAGCUAAGGAGAUCCUUGCUAAAAAGGAGAUAGAACUCGCAGCUUAUAAGCAUCGAUUCGCUCUGUCUUUUGAAAACUUGCAAACGAAGCUUGAGACGGCUAGGCGCGACCGAGAGGCAGCCUAGAAAGAGCAUGAGACCACAUUAUCAAAUGUCAAGAAUGUUCUUGACAAUUUAUAUGGACUUUCUGGGAACUCCUCAAGUACUUCUUCGUCCAGGGAGAUUACUCAGCUACUGGAGCGAGCCCCCGCCCAAUUGGAAUUCAGGAUCAUGCAAGGGAUAGAGCAGACUCUAGCUCUUUCCAAAUCUUGGUAUGGGGAAGAAUAUGACCUGGCUGAGUUGUCUCAGGGUUUCAAUGCGUCUUCUCCAGGGCAAACGAUCUCCUUUGUAGAAGAAGUUCGUCCAUUGGUUCGACCAAUUGGUGAAGCACUAGGCCUCCUAGCUCCUCCUUCAGCGGACUCAUCUCGUGCUCAAGCCACACUCGGUGAUGCUCAAGAUGCAAACAAUGAAAAUCCCGAGGGAGAGAAAGAUUAGACUUUGGUCAUAAAGGGAAGGAACAUUAGCGAGAAACAUUUGCAUGAUGUAAUAUUUAAGUUAAAUACUCUGUCUAGUUUCUGUCUAGAAUCCUAUCCUUUCAAAUGCUUUGCACAAGUUAAGUUUAAGUUGUGUAUC